AUGGUAAGAUAUUCUCAAUAUAUAGAUCUAAACGUUGCUUAAAAGAAUGACGUGUGUGUUGUUUAAGUUGCUUCUUGUGGUCUCUAAUAAAUAUUACAGAUAAAUUACUGUUCUUCCUUAGAUUAUGAUCUCUUAAUUUAUCAGACAUUUGAACUUAAUCCACACUAUUAAGUGACAAUUUCAUUCAAUUUUUGGAGAAUUGACUAAUGGAAUAAUUACCAAUUCUACUUGUAUGCUGACCAUCAAAUUAUUUAUAAUAAUGUCUUCUAAGAUACUGCAAUUAGUACAAAUUUAUGUGGUAGUUCAUCUUAUUAAGAUGAGAUAAUUCCUAUUUCCAGGAAAUUCGAACAUUCUAGCACAACUAUUUUUAUACUAAUGAUGUCACAAAAAGGAGUAUGGGGAAUUUCUGACUUUAUUCUCUCUAUUGAAAAUUGUCCAACAGGAUGUAAUUCUUGUGAUUCAACAGGUUGUUUUGACGAAUACUUAUUUAUAUAAUAAUUUGUCAGUAGAACUGUUGGCCCAAUAACCAAUAAUGAAGGAUGGUUAAAAAAUGGAAUAAUUGAAACCACUCCAUCAAGUUGUUCAGGAAUCUAAUGUUUAAGAGUAUUUGCAACCCAAUUGGAGAAAACUUAUAAUCUUAAGUCUCACCUCAAAAUUAGCUUUUCAAUAAGAGUAUUCGUACUGAACUCUUAUUAAACAGAAAUCAAGAUUUUAAUAGAUGAUGCCCUUGUAUAUUCGACUGAAUAUUCUGGUGGUUGGAUAGCGGAUAAUUCAGCCUAUGAAUUUUGCUAUUUCUUGACUUAAAAAUAAAUCAAUAUUAGAUAAUACCCUCAUAAUGGCUCCACAGUGAAAAUAACAAUUCUGACAACUUAAAAUAAACAUGUUUAUCCAAUUUCUCCCUGGAUGUGCAUAAGAGAUGUCUAAUUAUUUUUAGGAACUAAUUCAAAUGUAAGCCUUUGUAACGACAAUAAUAAAUUUGCGUUUGAUGGUUGUUUUUCUUCUAUUUAUGACUGUGUUGAAGGUUGUAGCAACUGUAUCUAAGGUACAUGUUUAAAUUGUCUAUUGGGAUGGGAAUACCAAGUAUUUGAUAAAACGUGUAUUCCAAUAUGCGGAGAUGGUAUAAUAACAGGUCUUGAAGAAUGUGAUGAUGGGAAUUAGAUCCGUUUUGAUGGUUGUUAUUAGUGUUAAUUUUCUUGUAUUUCAGAAUGCUAAUUGUGCGAAUUUGGAUAUUGCUUAUAAUGUAAUCCAUCAUUCAAAUUAUCUUAUGAUAAAUAAGAAUGCUUACCACAAUGCAAUAAUAAUGAAAUUUCAAAAUAUUAUGGAUACUAUCAUGAUUCAAAUGAUGAAUGUUCUGAAACCUGUUAGUUAGAGUGUUAAUAAUGUAUCGAUUCUAAAUGUUACCUGUGUGAAGAAGGAUGGCAAUUGAGAGAUAAUAAUUGUAUUUAAUUAUGUGGAGAUGGAUAAAUAGCAGACUUUUCGAUAGAAUAAUGUGAUGAUAUAAAUAAUGAUCCCAAUGAUGGUUGUUUUGAAUGUCGACUCGAAUGCCUUCCCUAUUGUUUAGUUUGUGUAGAUAUAUCUACUUGCGUGAUUUGUGAAGACAAUUUUUAAAUAGUAGAUUAAGUUUGUAGACCCAUAUGUGGAGAUGGUAUCAUCAUUUCUGGAUAAGAGGAUUGCGAUGAUGGUAAUAAUCAACCAUAUGAUGGUUGUUUUGAAUGCUAGUUCUAAUGUUCUAAAGGUUGUCUUGAUUGUGAAUAGGGAAAUGUCUGUAAGAAAUGUAAUUAUUAAUAUGUUUUGGAUAAAGAGACAGAACUUUGCCAAGAAAUUUAGAAUGGAAAUUAAACUGAUAUUAAUGAUAGUUUAGAUUCAAUAUAAAUGAAGAGAUGCGGUGAUGGAAUUCUUGACAAUAUAGAAUAAUGUGAUGACGGUAAUUUUGACAAUCUAGAUGGAUGUUCUAAUCAGUGCAUCAUAGAAGAUAAAUGGGAUUGUGUAGAUAUUAAUUUUCAAAGCAGAUGCUUUCUCCUCACCUAACUAUCUCUUUCAUAUAUAAACCAUACCAAUCCAUAUCAAUAUGUAUAAUUAUCAUUCACACAUCUUGUAAGAUUGAACGAGCCAAUAACUGAUUUAAUUCCUAGAAUUAAAUUUACAAUUGAUGAUUUAUCUGUAGACUAUUAUAAUUAUUCAAUUUAAGAAGUAAUUCCAGUAAAUGAAUUCGAAUUAACCUAAGCUACUUAUUUAUUAGCCAUUCAAUUUUAUUCGUCAAUGAUUGAUCCUCCUAUAGUAACUGUUUCUGUUGACGCAUCCUUAGUAGAUGAAAAUAACUUUGAUGUUGACAAAAGCCCAAAAUAAUUAAAGCUUCAAACUUUCAUUAGCUUAAAUAGUGAUUAGAUUGCUGCAGCCAAAUAAUUAUAUAACUUUGCCUUUUGGAUAAUAGUCGGGCUAGCUGUAUGCAGCUUUUUAUUAAUAAUUUUUGGUGAUUUAUCUCAAUUCACAGAAAUAUUGGAUGUUUUAUAAUAUCAAUCCUAUCUAAAAUUUAUAAAUGUAAAAUAUCCUGAGAAUCUUGAGAUUUACUUUCAAUCUUCAGAAUUAGUAUCAAUGCAACCAUUAUUGAUAAAUUUAAAAAUUGAUUCUUUUUUUGAAAAUGUUUUUGACUAUUAUUAUUUAGAUGGUCCAGGCAAAUUUUAAGAAUAUCAAAUUAAUGCAGAUCUCUUAACUAAUUUAUAUGGAUUAUUUGUUUAGCUGGCUUGCUUUUUACUGCUUUAUAUCUUUCUAAAAUAUUUUAAAAGGUUUUCAAUUAACUAUUGGUUUACUAGUGUAUAUGUUCAAAAGAUUAAAUUAAGCAAAUCAAUCCUAUUAGAGUAGUUUGCAUUAAAAGGUUAUAACUUAAGUAAGCAUGUGUUAGCAACCUAGUUCUUAUAUAGUCUAAAGGGAUUGACUUAAAUAUUUUAUGCCAAUAGCUGGGAUUUGAGCUUCAAAGUAUUGAUAUUUUUAAUUUCCAUGAAUCACUAUACCCUUAGAUCAAUUAUUAGUAUAUUUGUUAGUAUUUUGUAUUUCAUUGUUCUGAUUUUAAUUAUCGAUCAAAAUUUGAUAACCAACUACUUCAAAAUAUCUCCAAAGGUUGUAAAAGCUCACAGAUUAGACGUUAUAAUAUUAUUUAAAAAACUUUUAUUUCUCACAACGUUAACAGGAAUUUAAAAUGAUCCUAUUUAUCAAUGCUUUCUGCUAGCAUAAAUCAAUUUUACUUAUGUAAUUUUUAUCAUUAUAAUUAAUUUCAAAUCUCUUGAUCUUGAUUUUAUAAUGAAUGUUUGGAUUGAAGCACCUGUAAUGUUAUUUACAAUUCUAAAUAUUGCCUAUGUCAAAGAAUUUAGUAUAUAUUUCACACCUAAUUAAUUUAUUCAUUAUGGCUUUUGCUAAACCGGAAUUUUACUUUUAGGAUUAUUAGGUCCAUUAAUCAAAUGUUUCAUCAAAUUUUAUCAAAAAGUUAAGCCCCUAAUUUUAACAAAAGCUCAUAAAGUAGCUAAUAAAUCAUAACAUCUAUUCACUUUAGCCAAUUAAUGA